UGACAGCCAGGCACUUGUUUACCACGGCGCGGCGGCCGCUGCUCGGCUCAAUGAGACUGCUGAGCUGGCACAAAAGGGAGCCGGGAGCGAGGCGAAGUUUGGGCGCCUCGGAGGGAGCGGAUGGAGGACCCUGGCUCCCCGGGAGGCGCGGGCAGCAGUGCCAGACGUAGGCGGGUCACCGUAAUUUUGGGAUGAAAGUCACGGUUUUUGUGUAUUUUCAAUACUUCGAUGAAGAAACGUAUAGUGAUAAGGAGGCAGCCCGCUCCCACCCCCCAGUUUAUUAAAAAGGAUUGCACACCAAGAAAAGCAAAUGAUGACAAUUCUGAAGAAGGCUUCAACACUAUUCAUUCAGGAAGGCAUGAAUAUGCAUUUAGCUUUGAGCUUCCACAGACACCACUCGCUACCUCAUUCGAAGGCCGACACGGUAGUGUGCGCUAUUGGGUGAAAGCUGAAUUGCAUAGGCCUUGGCUUCUACCAGUAAAAUUAAAGAAGGAAUUUACAGUCUUUGAGCAUAUAGAUAUCAACACUCCUUCAUUACUGUCACCCCAAGCAGGCACAAAAGACAAGACACUCUGUUGCUGGUUCUGCACCUCAGGCCCCAUAUCCUUAAGUGCCAAAAUCGAGAGGAAGGGCUACACCCCAGGUGAAUCGAUACAGAUAUUUGCUGAGAUUGAGAACUGCUCCUCCCGAAUGGUAGUGCCAAAGGCAGCCAUUUACCAAACGCAGGCUUUCUAUGCCAAAGGGAAAAUGAAGGAGGUCAAACAGCUUGUGGCAAACUUACGUGGAGAGUCCCUAUCAUCUGGGAAGACAGAGACUUGGAAUGGCAAGCUGCUAAAGAUUCCACCAGUUUCCCCCUCCAUCCUUGAUUGUAGUAUAAUCCGUGUGGAGUAUUCGCUAAUGGUCUAUGUGGAUAUUCCUGGAGCUAUGGAUUUGUUUCUGAAUCUGCCCCUUGUCAUCGGCACCAUUCCUCUUCAUCCAUUCGGUAGCAGAACCUCAAGUGUGAGCAGUCAGUGUAGUAUGAACAUGAACUGGCUUGGACUAUCCCUUCCGGAAAGGCCUGAAGCACCGCCCAGCUAUGCAGAAGUAGUAACCGAGGAACAAAGGCGAAAUAAUCUCGCACCAAUGAGUGCUUGUGAUGAUUUUGAGAGAGCUCUUCAAGGACCACUGUUUGCAUAUAUCCAGGAGUUUCGGUUCUUGCCUCCUCCUCUUUAUUCAGAGAUUGAUCCAAAUCCUGAUCAGUCAUCUGAGGACAGACCAUCCUGCCCCUCUCGUUGAAGGAACACUUGCAUGAGUCAAGUUGAUGUUGGUUCCGAACUCUCUCUCUUCCGGAUGAGGACAGAGAAGUAACUUGGAGACACGUUUUUCAGAGGAAGUGGAAUUGCUUUUGCCCGGAAAGUGGCAAAUACGUGAAACAGCAGUGACCGUGCUUUAGAAUCCUACAGCAGCGUUCUGGGGCUGCUCCGACAUGCUUGAAGACCUAAGCUUUCUCCUUUAAAACUGCACAAGCUAAGAGCAGUCUUCUUAGCCUGUGGUCAUACGUGUCAAGACACCGUUGCGAAGGACGGGGUCCUUCUGAGUUGAAGAUUUGCACAUGCUCAAUGCUUACAUUGUGCAGUUCAGUGUCACUACAGCUUUUUUUUCCCUUUUUUUUUUCCAUUUAUGCCAGACUCUUGAUACUCAUAAAACUUGUUCGUGGUCAGCACAACAAGGAACAAAAGAAAGCUUUGAAAAACUUUUACAUGAAAAAAAAAAACGCACUGACAGUUUGUGUUUUGUUUUGUCUUCUGUUUAAGUUAAGGUAGCCUGGACUCUCCCUGCGUAUGCACAUGCUCAGAAUUGUCCUACUAGGCUGACAUGUAUCACCUCUUCAGCUGGGAUCCUAUUGUGGAUUUAUUUACAAACAUCAAAUGCCUUCAAGCCAAUCCUUUUGCUGUACGUUUUUGCAGCCUACUGUAGUAGAUCCGCAACAGAUGCGUGGGGAAAAGACAAGGGGAGGAAGCUGUUGAGAGACUUGGUGAGAGGGUUCGGUACCCUGGUUUCUUUGAGAGAGAAUGUGUUGCCUUUCUACUAUUGACAGCGAAGCAGCAUGUUGUUACUGACUGCCUAAAAUCACUAAUCUCAGGUGACUGCAUCACUUGCCAAACUGUCGGAAUGCUAUUUCUGUUUCGUUGCACUGUUUUGUUGUUGUUGUUGUUGUUGUUAUUGUUGUUGUUGUUUUGUUGUUUGAUUGGUUUUUUGGAGAGGGAAAUUCAGACACGGGACAUACACAAAACUGAUAACCACCCUCAUUACCAUUACAUUUAAGAAGGAACUAGAGCUGAGAGUGAAGACGGACAGUGGGGCAGCACCAGCACAGAGUUAAGGGCUGUUGCUCUGGAAACUAGUUUUGAUUUUUAACUGUAAGUGGAAGUCUAGUCACUAGUAAAGGGAGGGAAAGUGCAUUUAUUUUUAUACAGAGUUACUUAAUUACCUCCAAAACAUAUGUUUGGAAAUCAUUUUUUGCCGAUGCAAAGUACUUUAAUAAAGCCAGAAUGUGUAUGUCAAUUAUGAUUGGAGCAGCUUGAUAGAUACAUUUGCUCAAGUUAAAGAGAGUAAAAUCCCAAAUUUGUUUCCAAAGUGUGUAACGUCAUAAUUACAAACAAUAGAAUGUUUGCUGAGAUAAAUCGCUUUAAUUUGUCCAUGUAUGGUAUUUUUUUCUAUCUGAAGAGUAUGUAUAUGUAGGACAACACUUGAGUACCAGCAUUCAUGGGAAAUUUAAAACCCCACCCUUCCACGUCCAAAGUGAAAUGAUGUUUUUUUAAGAGUGUACUUCUGUUUCUAGUGACACACCAGCAUCUCUGACAUCGCAGCAUAUGUGUGAAAUGGGUGUUACAUCUAUCUACCUUGGCAUCUAACCCACAGUUAGUAAUGUGACUGAAAAUAAUGGUAACUCUGGCUUGGUGCUUGACCUGGUAAAAUACUGUCUUAAAGCUUCAUACAAAAUAGGCUUUUCCAUAAGUGGCCUUUAAGAAAACAUGGAAGACAAUUCAUGUUUGAAAUAAUGCUAACAGGGUGAAGAAAGCCCACUGUAAAAAUGAAUCGCGUUUUAAGUGAUUCGGUUAAAGGGUUUGUGCUCCCGUAGCAAACUAAUACUAGAUAAUAAGGAAAUGGGGGUGAAGUAUUUUUCUAUUAAAUCAUUUUGUGAAUGUCCCCCUCAAAAGAAGCUGAUGGGAUAUUUGGCAUAAAGGGCAUUUGGUGGUGUUAUUUUUGUUUGGGAGGGUUUGUCUGAAGACGCCUCUUACUCUUCCUGCUCUGUCUAACUAGGGAACAAUUGUUGAUACGCAUGGCUCUGGGGCACUCACUACCAUUUUACAAAAUACUACAUAAGCAAGAAUGACCAAUAUGGUAAAAAUUGGCACUGGAUGACAAAAUUCUUUUAAGACUUGGUGAUAUAAAGUUUUAUUUUUACCAUUAAAUAUUUCUUUACUCACUUAGAGGCAUUACAUUUUUCUAAGUAUUGGUCAGUUCCUGUCUAAUGUGAGGGUCACAGUCACGCUCUAGUGUUCAAGAUCGCUUCCUAAGUUUUCAUUUAGGAAAAGUAAAAUCCAAAAUGUUGGCGAAACAAAGUGCAAUAUUAAAUGUUUGCUGUAUAGACUAUACUCUAUGGCUGUUUGUAAUCUUUUUUAUUUGGUGCUGAAUAUGUCCUUGUAGGCUCCGUUCUAAGAAAACUAUGUGGAAAAUGAUUUCAUUUUUCCUAUUGCUCUUCCUUGUGGAAAAUAAAAGUGUUUUUUUUCUUUUUUUGUAUAA